AUGGACUUCUCCAACCUCCAGGACAAGGUCAGCAACCUGACCUUGUAUGAUCUCAAGGCAGGUGUCCGCAAGGUGCAAAAUGGUGAGUCGGACCUCUUUCCCUCUGGUCGCAUUACCACCGCGAGCAACUCAACCUCCGUCAUGAACUAUACCGACAUGGAGGCAAAGGUCCGGGAAGCUACAAACAAUGAACCUUGGGGAGCCUCGACCACCUUGAUGCAGGAGAUUGCCAAUGGAACGCAUAGCUACCAACUGCUCAAUGAGAUCAUGCCCCUGAUUUACAAGCGAUUCACUGAUAAGAGUGCGGAGGAGUGGCGUCAGAUUUACAAGUCUCUUCAACUUCUCGAAUUCCUUGUCAAGAACGGAUCCGAACGAGUCGUCGAUGAUGCCCGGUCUCACAUGUCGCUGCUACGGAUGCUGCGGCAGUUUCACUUCAUUGAUAUGAACGGCAAGGAUCAGGGUAUCAAUGUGCGCAAUCGAUCCUCUGAGCUGGUGAAGCUGCUGGGUGACGUGGACCAAAUUCGCACCGAGCGCAAGAAGGCUCGCUCAAACCGCAACAAGUUCAGCGGUUUUGAGGGUGGCAUGGGUACUGGCGGUGGUAUGGGAAGCUCUGACCGCUACGGUGGGUUUGGUAGCGACAGCAUGGGCUAUGGUGGUUACAGCGGUGGUGUUUAUGGUGAUGGUGGAGGUUUUGGCGGUGCCUCGAGUGAUUUCCAAGACACGACCACUCGUCGGGGCAACCGAUUUGAGGAAUAUGACGAAUAUGACGAGGGCGAAAUCAGUUCGACGCGACGCGAGCCUGCAUCUGCUCCUGCUAAGCGAGAACCAAAGAAGCCUGAGCCAGCACCUGUGGCAGAUCUAUUUGAUUUCGGCGAUGACGAACUUCCUGCUCCCACCUCAACUGCCGCCGGAAAGCAGCCUGCCCCUGCUGAUGACGACGAUUUCGACGACUUCCAGUCCGCAACUCCAGCUGCCCAGCCAUCGGCGCCAUCCUCGUCGAACCAAUUCUCAAUUCUGCCUCCCGCCUCCACUGUCAGCACAACAUCGAGCACUCAAUUUGUAGCUCCUGUACCAGUGUCUGGCUCUCAAGGAGCUAACAUCAACGGCCUAGUCGGCUUCACAUCCGCCACACCCACGCCGUCCUCCAGCUCUUUGGCCUCGCCAGUAUCCCAGACGGCCCCUAUGCAGCAGCCCAUGGCCCCCAAACCCUCUGGCUUCCAGGCGGCCACUCCCAACUACUUCACCUCUGUUUCCAAUAUCGCUGCGCAACCGUUUUCAUCGCAUGGCGCUACGUCUUCUAUCUCUUCUGCUGCGCCCGCAUCCUCUGCGGCUAGUCAGCCUGCCGCCAACACCGCGAAGAAAUCAUCCGGCGAUGCCUUUGGCUCACUUUGGUCAACCGCUAGUGCCAGCGCAGGUAUCUCCAAGUCCAACGCCUCCGCAAACAAGGGCCCGAACCUCGCGAGCAUGGCCAAAGAAAAGGCCAGUGCCGGCAUUUGGGGUGCCCCUGCUGCAUCCAGCACUGCCUCUACUUCAUCCCAGCCCCAGCAGAAGCAAGGCGGAUCUGCGUUUGAUGAUUUGCUCGGUUAA